AUGGCCAUCGACGUCAUCUCCAGAGCCCUCUCCAUCAACAGCAAGUCUGCUGCGACGUUCCCACAGGUCGACAAGUUCGAGGAACUCGUCCUGGCGAUGAAGAAGGUCCUUGGCCCUUCAUCAGGACUGACCUCGGAUGAUGUGGACGUAGGUUCGUUGACUGAUCUCAUGAUCAACUAUGAUAGUAAUCCCAUGGAAUGGUCCAAGUAUGCCUAUGGUGAUGCCAGUCGGGGAUAUACCCGCAAUCUCGUCGACGAGGGGAAUGGCAAGAGCAACCUGUUGGUUCUCGUAUGGUCCCCCGGAAAAGGGAGUCCGAUCCAUGAUCACGGCAAUGCUCAUUGCCUGAUGAAGAUCCUGCGCGGCAGUCUAACUGAAACCCGCUACGCCUUUCCUGAAGACGGUGAUGAACAAGGACCCAUGCAGGUCAUAUCCGAGAAGACAUAUAAAGAAAAUGGUGUCACUUACAUGGCCGACGAACUUGGUUUGCACCGUGUAUCCAAUAGAGGCAGCGACUUUGCUGUCUCAUUGCACUCCAAAGAGGGAUGCCACAUCUUCGACGAGAAGACUGGCAAGAGCAGCCAUGUGCCUGGAUGCCAUUACUACUCAGCGUACGGUCGUCUGAUCAAGAACACAGCCACGAUGCCAGGUCCCAGAAAACGAGGCUUGAAUGUAGUAGACCUCACUGGCGAUGAUUCAGGUCGACAGGCCAAACGUCAAUCGGCUGCUCCCGUACCGUCUUCCACUGGCGUGGGUGGAACAUUUGUUUACAAUACUUUGUCAAAUGGAGCAGGCAAUUUACCAGGUCCUGGAUCGCAGAAUGGCCGGUCCUCUCUUUCUUCCACUCAGCCUCUUACGACGUCUCAGAUGGCUGAUUACGAGCGUGAAGUUUUAAAUUUGACUCAGGACGACGAAGGGCCAGCCAGAGAGCUGUACGGCACGUUUGAAACCAAAAUUGUUGGAAUUCAAUACUACAGGGGUCAUGCAUCAACAGGUGAAGCUGUUCUCUGUCGCAGAGAACCUGAAAAUCAGUAUGACCGCAAUGCUAUACGCAUUGACAAUGUCAUGUACCAACAGAUCGGACAUCUGCCACGCAAAGUUGUGGAAAAAAUCGCCCCGUAUCUUGACUGCGGAGAUAUUCUUCUUGAAGCGCAGCUCACAGGACCCAAAGGGCAAUACGACUGCCCCGUUACGCUCUCCUUUUAUGGGCCCAGUAAUCCGUUGGAAAGAACCAGAAUCGAAAAAGGACUCAAAGGUGAUAAGCUUGUGAAGGCUUCUCAGCUCAACAAGACGAGAAAGGAGUCAGAAGCUCAAAGGGCUAUAAUGGGCUUGAAGGCGGGAAGAACCACGUAUGGGAUGGGUUCCGCAGGCCCCGAAGAGCCAGAGAUAUCUCUGGAGGAUAUCUUGAAAAAGAGCCAAUCAGUAGAGUUCCGGGAUGGGACAGAUGCUCUGAAGACGUUUGCUACAAAUGAAGAGUACUUGUGCAACAUGCCCAGCUGUGAUCAACCAGCCGCUCUUAAGGCAACCCUAUUGCCCUAUCAACUACAAGGAUUAGCAUGGAUGACUUCAAAAGAGAACCCUGCUUUGCCAACCAAGGAGUUAGGCAACCAAGUACAAUUAUGGAAACAAGACAAUAGAGGACAUUACUGGAAUGUCGCUACGGACUUUGUGAGCACGACAGCUCCCCAGCUCUUUUCGGGAGGGAUUUUAGCCGACGAUAUGGGUCUUGGUAAGACUCUUCAGAUCCUCAGCUUGAUUUUGACAGGAGGUUCCGGUACCACUUUGAUAGUUGCACCUGUUGGUGUCAUGACGAAUUGGCAACAACAGAUCGAUAGGCAUGUCAAGCCGGAGUAUCUACCGAGCGUGUUGGUCUACCAUGGAGACAAAAGAAUGACUGCAAAGGAGCUCAUGAACUUUGACGUUGUCAUCACCAGCUACGGCAAGUUGGCCCGCGAAAAGGAUUCAAAUGUCCCUCAAGUUUUGCUGUCACAAAGCAUACAGUGGAAGCGUGUGGUCCUUGAUGAGGGGCACACAAUCCGUAAUGCGAGAACUAAAGUCGCGUUGGCCGCGUGUGCCAUUAAUGCCCAAUCUCGAUGGGUACUGACUGGAACCCCGAUCAUCAACUCUGUGAGAGAUUUGCAGUCUCUCAUAAAGUUCUUACAUAUUACCGGCGGCAUUGAGCAUCCAGAAAUUUUCAAUACAAGAAUUACGAGGAGAUUAGCCUCCGGCGAUGCCAGCGCUGAAAUUAUGCUGCAGGCUCUGAUGCAGGAUAUCUGCCUACGGCGCAAGAAGGACAUGAAAUUUGUAGAUCUGAAAAUACCCGAAAAAAAGGAAUACCUUCAUAGAAUCGCUUUCCACCCCGAAGAGAAAAGGAAAUAUGAGGCAUUACUUACGGAGGCACGUGGUGCUCUGGCAGAGUACCAGGCCAAGGCAGUCGGUCAGAAGGGACAGUUCCAAGGCGUCCUCGAACGGCUUUUGAGAUUGCGACAAAGAAACAAACUUUCGGAGGAGUGUCUACUUGAACCAGCGGCAGAGGGUUCCUUUGACAAGAACUUUGAUAUAACCACUCAAAGCUCUAAGACAGAGGCAAUGAUGCAGAUUCUCCAGGCAACAUUAAAUAAGCAUGGGUCAAAGGUGGUCAUCUUUUCCCAAUGGACGUCAUUUCUGAACAUUGUCCAGAACCAAUUGGAUGGCGCCGGGAUCAAAUAUAGCCGCAUAGACGGCAGUAUGAACACGGAGAAACGUGAUCGUGCAGUCCAGGCACUAGAUAACGACGCCGAAACUCGUGUCAUGCUAGCCAGCUUGGCGGUUUGCAGCGUCGGGUUGAAUCUUGUAUCUGCAGAUACUGUCAUUUUGUCUGAUAGCUGGUGGGCACCAGCAAUUGAGGAUCAAGCUAUCGACAGAGUUCAUCGUCUUGGCCAGACCAGAAAGACAACGGUUUGGCGUCUCAUUGUGGAAGGUUCAGUCGAAGAGCGGGUUCUGGACAUCCAGAAGGAGAAAAGGGACCUUGUAACUAAGGCCUUCCAGGAAAAAGAGAGGAAAGGCAAGCAUACGAAGGACACGAGAAUGGCAGACAUUGCGAAACUGUUGUCUUGA